CAAAAAUGAGGUAUGAAAAUCUGUCUCUUUCUCUCUCUCUCUCUGUCGAUGUUCAGCUUCUCUCUUCUUUCUAUUCUUCCGUAUAGCCAUUCAAACUUUCAGUCUCUGUUAACCAAAUUACCUUGUCCAUUUUCACAAAAAGUUGCUUUAACUUUGGGCUUUUCUGCCGGUCAUUCAUCUCUCGGAGACAAACCGGCUCCAUUCGAUGGCCCGAGCCGAGUUCCUAGUCGGGGCCUGUUGCAUGUUCCUCGCCCUGUCCAAUGCCGUCCACGGCAUCGGCGUGAACUGGGGAUCGAUCACGUCCCAUCCUGUAUCGCCGACCAUCGUGGUCCGAAUGCUCAAAGACAACGGGAUCAACAAGGUCAAGCUCUUCGACGCGGACUCUUGGACGGUCAGUGCAUUGGCGGGAUCGCACAUGGAUGUCAUCUUGGGCAUUCCCAACGAUCAGCUCGAAAGAAUGGCGGAUAGUUACAAGAACGCCAGAAACUGGGUGAAAGAAAACGUCACCAAGUAUCUCUAUGAUGGUGGCGUUGAUAUAAGAUAUGUAGCGGUUGGAAAUGAACCAUUCUUGAAGAGCUACAAUGGAAGCCAUCUGAAAACCACCGUACCGGCAUUGCAGAACAUCCAGAAGGCGCUUGAUGAGGCCGGCCAUGGGGACAAAAUCAAAGCGACCGUACCCAACAAUGCCGAUGUCUAUGAAUCCGCUUCGAACAAGCCCUCCGAUGCCGUUUUCCGUAGUGACAUCAGAGGUAUCAUGACAGCAAUGGUCAAGUUCCUCCACGACAACAAAGCCCCGUUCAUGGUCAACAUAUAUCCCUUCCUCAGUCUCUAUUUGAACCCCGAUUUCCCCUUCGAUUUUGCCUUCUGCGACGAUGCUGGGAAGCCGAUAUACGACAAGGGCACUCAGUACACGAACGUGUUCGACGCGAAUUACGACACCCUCGUUUGGGCAUUGAAGAAAGCUGGAGUCCCUGACUUGAAGAUUAUCGUCGGGGAAGUCGGCUGGCCCACAGACGGCGACAAGAAUGCCAACGUGAAACUGGCCAAGAGGUUCUACGAUGGUUUCUUCAAGAAGAUGGCCGCGAACAAAGGGACCCCGUUGAGGCCCGGGCAUUUGGACGUGUACCUCUUCGGUCUCCUCGAUGAGGACAAGAAGAGCAUCGAGCCCGGGCUGUUCGAGAGGCACUGGGGUAUCUUCCAGUACGAUGGGCAGCCGAAGUUCGCCAUGGACUUCACCGGGAAAGGCCAGGACAAGAUGCCGGUGGCAGCGAAGGGGGUCCAAUACUUGCCCGCACAGUGGUGUUUGCUCAACAAGAACAUCAAGAACUUAAGUGCAGUGGGGGCUGAAGUGAGCUAUGCUUGCUCGCUCUCUGACUGCUCAAGCUUGGUUUAUGGCGCCACUUGCAACAACCUCGAUUCCUAUGGCAACAUUUCGUAUGCCUUCAACAUGUACUUCCAAAUGCAAGAUCAAGACGUCGAGUCGUGCAAUUUCAACAGCAUGGCCGAGAUCGUGACACGGAACAUCUCGAAAGGAAGCUGCCUGUUCCCGGUGCAGAUAGUGAGCGCCGGAGAGAGGCUCAGCUUAGCAUUGGGUGCAAGUGUCCUAACAGGAUUGAUUUCGCUGUUCUCGCUGUUGUAAAGGGUUAUGCCAUAACAUGACUUGGGAGCCAAGAAAAACAAAACAGAGAGCUGAAAAAUACGAUGUAAG